AUGACACAGCUAUCUGCCUACGAAGAAUUCAAGCCACGACCUAGCUUGAACUUGAAUCGGGAAAUUGGAUCAUUGGUCAACUAUGUCAAGAAGCUGGAGUUUGAUCCCAAUACAUUUGUGAUUAUUGUUUGCCGCCAUGGUGCCAUUGAAGGCUUGACGAAUAAAUUGAAUCACAGGAAACAAGAGAGGGCUUUUAAACAGGUUAAAAAUUUCGAGAUCAGAGCGACAGACGACAUUAGACUCAGCGCAGUAGUCGCUGCCGCUGAGAAAUCCGGACUAUAUGACAAUCUUGUUAUCAUCGCAAGUGGAUUUGUUAGCCACUUGUAUUUCGAGAUCGGGUCUAGCAUAAUGGACUUGAAGAUAUAUCGAUGCGCAGCCAAUUACAAUCCUGACGAAUACCUUCACGUCGAUGGAUUCUCUACUUUUCAUGGACAAACCAUUCGAUCUUGGGAGGGAAUGCAUCAUGAAGCCAAACUUUGGCUUGGACCUGGAGUCGUGUUCAAUCUCGGCUCUCACAUAGGUCAAUUAGGGCAACUAUCUGCAGUAUCUACUGCCAUCUCGGAUUUUGAUCGAGAUAAGCUUCGCGCACACAUUGAAAAGAUGGAUGGUGUGAAAAUGGAGGGCAGUUGGUGGGACGACUUCCGGGCCCCCAUUUCCGCGAUCGUUGGUAUUCUUACAAGUGCCGCCAAACUCGCUUCAACUGGGUUCGUUAAGAUGUCUGCAGGGGGUAUGUUUGUGCAGUAUAAGUUUAUUGGGUACGCCCUUAGCACAGCGGCAGCAACUUCAAUGACUGCCGCCUCAGCAGGUAGCGCAUUGCUGGUUGCGCCAGGCGUGGCGGCAGCCGUCUAUUUCAUUCCCUGGGGGUCAAUCUUUGGUUGGCUGAACACCGUUGUCUCAUGGUUAAAGACAGGGAUCAAGAAGAUUUGGGAAAAGAUCCAAGAUUGGUUGGCUUCGUGUGCGAGUACGAUUCGAGAUACUCUAGGACUUGAUGGGAAGUUACAUGGCCCACUCGGGUUUCCAGCAUGA